AAUUUAAAAUGUCAUUUAGUAGAAGCAUAUGAAAAAAUCUACUAACAUCAUAUUAAAUAUCGGAAAUAAUUUAAAACAACUGAAUAAUUAAGUAACCUUCGUCAUUCUGUCUUAAUAAAUGGUUGAUCGCGCAUCGUACUAAACGCUAUGACAAAGUCACAAACAUGUUUGCAUUCUAAUGCAACAUGGUGUUGGUAAAAAUAUUGCCUGUAUAUAAUUUAUCUCAUGUCGUUUAAACAAAAGUAAAUAUACGAAAGUGUGCAUUUUGAUCCAAAAGUGCAUUAAUCUUUUCGUAACUAAACUGCGAAUUAACCAGAAAUCGUGGCGAUUUCAAUCACCAUCAAACAUGUCUUUUUUAACAUGAAAGUAGCGCUACAAACGAAGAAAAUCGUUCUUAAUAUCAGAGAAAACAACCUUAAAAUCUUUGACACAUUAUGGAAAACACGAAUGAAUGUAUUACCUGUGGAGAUUUUGCAUUUUAUAACAAUUUUGAUUCAGCCAAUUUAGCAAGAGUUGAGAUAGUAAAAUUACCAGAAAUAUCUGAAAAAGACGGAUGUGAAGCGGAAAAUAAAUCAUGUCAAAGUUCAAACUCAGAAGAUCCGAUAGAUUAUGAGUUUAACUUGUGGACAAAACAUGACUGUCAUGGAACACAAUUUCAGAAUAACAAUAGAACGUGGUUUUAUUUUGGUGUUAAAGCUAAUACACCAAGAGCUUAUGUUAAAUUCAAUAUAGUCAACUUAAAUAAACAUGUAAAAAUGUUUAGUCAAGGAAUGUGUCCUGUUUUUAAAAUUGUACCUGGUCAUUUACAUUGGGAACGGAUUCGUGAAAAACCUACUUACACUUUGGAUCAAACAGGAAAUGAUUUUACAUUAUCAUUUGCUUAUACUGUUCCUGAAAAUCCUAAAGCCAUUACAUAUUUCGCGUUCACUUAUCCUUUUUCUUAUAUUGAUCUGCAAAAUUAUUUAAGAAGAAUAGAGGCAAAACUAGCAAGGAGAGAUAUUACUUGUGUAGAUGAUGUUUAUUAUCAUAGGGAAUGUGCAAUAAAAUCUUUAGAGGGACGAAGAUUGGAUUUAAUAACAGUAAGCUCAUUUCAUAACAUAUCAACGGAGAGAGAAGAUAGACUGAGCAAUAUGUUUUCUGAUAAAAAUGAAGAGAGACCUUUCAAAUUUUGGGACAAAAAGGUAAUUUUUAUUAGUGCCAGGGUCCACCCAGGAGAAACACCAUCUAGUUUCGUUUUUAAUGGUCUUCUCAAUUUUAUUAUAACCCGUGACGACCAAAUUGCGAUUAAUCUCCGUCGCCUAUACGUGUUCAAAUUAAUACCAAUGCUCAAUCCCGAUGGUGUAGCCAAGGGUCAUUAUCGAAUGGAUACCAGAGGGGUCAACCUUAAUAGGGUGUAUUUAAAUCCUUCUUUAAAAGAUCACCCAACAAUAUAUGCUGCAAGAAAUUUAAUAAGAUAUUAUCAUAACACAUACAAACUGCCAAAAGAGGACGAACUUUCAAGUGUUUAUUUUGGAAAUGGUGAGAAUAAUUUAAAUGUCAUUGAUACCUCUCGUACAAUUACAAGUAUUGUACGCGACACUACAACAAGAUUACUUCAACAGGUAACGCUUAUGACAUUAGAUGAAGUAAAAAGUAAAGAUCAACCGGAAAUUUUUCAGGAACCUACAUUACUUAAAACGAAUUCGGAUGACAUGCCUCAGGGUGGUGGAGAAGAGCUGUGUAAUAAAACAGAAGAUAGUGAUAACUCUGUAGAACUUAACUCUGAUAAAAAGACUUACACAGCCGUUGGCAUAGGACAUUUACCUAAAGACGAUUCUGGUUUAUAUCUGUACAUUGAUCUACAUGGCCAUGCUUCGAAAAAAGGUGUCUUUAUGUAUGGCAAUUACUUUGAUAAUGUAGAAGAUACGAUAACGUGUAUGCUUCUGCCAAAAUUGAUGUCGAUUAACAAUCCAAAUUUUCAUUUUACUUCAUGCAAUUUUACAGAAAAGAAUAUGUACAUUAUAGAUAAAAGAGAUGGUAUGUCAAGAGAAGGAUCAGGUCGUGUAGCUGUAUAUAAAUUAACUGGUCUUAUACGUAGUUACACGCUUGAAUGUAAUUAUAAUUCUGGGCGUUUGGUAAAUACUAUACCUCCGAGGAUUCGUGAUGGCGUUAAUAAGACCAUGGCCCCUAUGUUCGUUCCACCAAAGUAUACUCCAGCAGUUUUUGAAGCGGUUGGAGCAGCAUUAGGUCCUUCGAUUUUAGAUCUUACGAGUAAUAAUCCUAAUAGUCGACUGCCAAAUAGCCAAUAUCGUUGUUUAAGGGGUAUAAAAUCCUUUUUAAAAUUAUCGUAUGUGAACAAUCUUUCUACACCGUUAGGCAAGUCACUGAAUAAGGAUGAUAAUGAUAUCAUAUCUCAGGAUUCUUGCAAUUUAAAAGGGAAUGAAUCUCAAAUAAGUGAUUCUUCUACUGGUUCAAAGAAUUCUGUGAAAAGUGAAACAAAUCUUGUAAAAAAAUCGUGCAUCAUUCGUCGUACCACAUCCCUUUACACUGCGGUAAAAAGAAUAAAGAAUAACAAAAAAUCUCGACAAACUAUAACUCGUAGACCAUUAAAAAAUCAGUGCGUUCAUAACAGUGAAGUAAAUUCAAAACUUCCUGCAAUGGGAUCGAAAGACAACUUGAUAAAGAGUCCAUGUUUUAGUGGCCUCCAUGAUGCUUCGGAGUUGCAAAUAAAAGAUUUUCAAUAUUCAAAUAAAAAAUUGACAACGACCAAUAGAUUGUCAAAAAUGGCAUUGUCUUCCGAAGAAACAGCAAUUGUGAAACAUGGAGCGAAACGAUUAAAAAUUAUUUCUACAAGAGUUAAUAAAAGGCGGCCGGAAGUUGGAGAAUCCUCCAACAACGUUCCGGAAAACACAAAACCGUCAACGAAAACAUUCCUUACACCUAAUAAACAAAAUACAAGAACAGCUUCUAAAGUAAUUAAAAAACGUGGCCAUAAUGUGGAACAAAACAAAUCGAAGUCUUCCAAAUCCAAAAAAGUUAAUAGGAAUACUAUAGUAGUCGAAAAUGUAUUAAAAACUGAGAGUUCAAAUAAGAUAUAAAAUUAGUGCAUAAAUUAGUCUGUUAUCGUAGAUUGAGUAAUUUGCCAUGCACUGCAGCUUUAUAAUUCUUUGAGAUGAAUACUUUAGUUAUCGAAAGUUAUGUACAUUUAACGUAAAAAUUGUAAGUUAAUUAAGAAACGUACAAAAAUGGAAUUACUAUUUAUUUCUAAAUGAUAUUAAAGUGUAUUGUAUUCAUAUAAUAUUUUAUAGUGAUUUUAAGAUGUAGAAAAUCUCUCCUACUGUAUACGUGUAUUGUAUACAGUACUCAUACACGUUCUCAUUAGGACUCAUUAUAUUGUUAGAAUAAAGAGAAUAAAUG